CAGUUGAAACUUUCCUUUCUCAGAACGAAUAAUCUGUUGUGUGAAACCCUAGAGCUUGAAAUUUUGCCAUGGCGUAUCAGCCGCGUGCGCCAAGUCAAGGAAUCGCCGAUGAGGAAAACAGCCAGAAUCGCCGUCUGUACAAUCCAUAUCAGGAUUUGAACAUCCCUACGCGGACGAUGUACAAUUUGCCGACCUCGCCGGAGUACCUGUUCCAGGAGGAAGCCGUCGCACAGCGCCGAUCCUGGGGAGAGAAUCUGACCUACUACACGGGGAUCGGAUAUCUCGCUGGAGCGACGGGCGGCGCCGCCAAGGGUUUAGCCACCGGCGUGAAGUCGAUCGAGCCGUCCGAUACUCUGAAACUGAAAAUCAAUCGGAUCCUGAACGGGUCGGGGCACGCCGGACGGCAGAUUGGUAACCGCUGCGGCGUCAUCGGACUGAUGUACGCCGCCCUGGAGAGCGGUAUGGUGGCGGUGCGGGACGCGGACGACGUUAUUAACAGCGUGGUGGCGGGGUUGGGGACCGGAGCUCUAUACAAGGCGGCGGCGGGGCCGAGGUCCGCCGCCGUGGCCGGCGCGAUCGGCGGAGUGGUUGUGGGGGUCGUCGUCACCGGGAAACAAGCUUUGAAGCGCUAUGUGCCGAUUUAGGGAAGUUUUCUUCUCCGAAUUUCCAUAAUCAUUCUUCUUCUUUCUGUUGCUUUGGUGAUCUUAUUAAUUGAUGAAUUAACAAUCCAUGUGGUCUUUGGAACUGCAAAUUUUUUGAUAAACUGAUUAGAUGAUGAGAAUUGAGUUAGUAGCCUACAGAUAAUGCAAGGAUCAUUCAUUAUUGUUCGUAUAUAAUAUCGACAAUUCGACACGCCCGCAAUCGUCUUGGUGGUGUAAUUUGUCAUGUUAUCUGAAAACAGGGCAUGAUUUCUUGAAUAAAUCCAUGAGGAACAUUGAUGUGGGGCAUUGUUUUUAA